CUUUCAUUGUAGGCAUAGAACAAAAUAGAUGCAAAAAAUCACAGUUAGUAGAGUUGAUGGGUGACGAUUGUCGGCGUCUUGUGUAUUGACGUGUUUUAGUGCGGUUAUGGUGGUUCUGAAUAAAAAAAUGGCACGAAAUCGACAUGAGAACAACAAAGGGAAGAAUUCAGAAAGUGAAGCUUCUGAUAAAGAAAAUAAGAAAGAGAGAGGACGAGAUAAGGAGAAGAAGAAAAAGGCCGGAAGUGACUCGUCUUCAAGCGACAGUGGGAGUAGUAGUAGGAGCUCGUCCAGCAGUUCCAGGUCGUCCAGUGCUUCCAGCUCAUCUCACAGCUCCAGCUCAGGAUCGUCCUCCCGCUCCAGUUCUAGCUCGAGCAGUUCGGGCAGUUCCACCGACUCCUCGGCGGCGCGGGCCAAGGCCAAGCGCAAGGCUACCACCGCGCCUGUUGUAAGCCGCAGCCGCAGCCGUAGUCCAGAGACCAAAAAGGCUAAACAGGAGAAGGAAAAAGAGCAGCGGGAUAAGAAGGAAAAAAAGCCAGAGAAGCCAAAAACUGCCGUUAAAGCACGCUCUCGGUCUCCGUCACCUAAACGGAAGAGGAAGGAGCGCUCACCAACACCCAAGCCAUUGAGGAUUCACGUGGGUCGCCUGACCCGCAACGUCGGCAAGGAUCACAUCACCGAAAUCUUCUCGGCGUACGGAACUGUUAAGAUUGUAGAGUUCCCCUUGGACAGGCUCCACCCCCCUUCAGGCCGGGGCUACGCUUACGUCGAGUUCGAGACGGCCGAGCAGGCGGAGAAUGCCAUGAAACAUAUGGACGGAGGCCAAAUUGACGGACAGGAAAUAACUUGCGCACCAGUCCUCCUGCCAAAGAUCAGGCCCAGGCGGUCACCCCCGCGCCGGCCCCCACCCAGAUGGGGCGGAGGUAUGGCGCGAUCACCUCCGAGGUAUCGGCGUCGCACUCCCCCACCUCCCCGCCGACGCACGCCCCCACCACCUCGCCGCAGACACUCUCCACCCCCCACCCGCCGCCGCAGGUACAGCCGGUCGUCCUCCAGUAGCUCCCGAUGACAGCUGCUCUCCAACCAGCCCGGGGACAACUAGAGUACCCCCCUCCCCUCCUCGUCCUCUAGAGAUCGACGGUGGGAGUGUUUGAAGAAUUUAUGCAACGCAAUUUGUUUUGUACUGAGUCUGUGUUUAGUGGUUCGUGGCACCCCAUCACAACUGUGGGAAAACUCUUAAAGUAGUCCGUUAAGAAAGUGAAAACAAUUAUCAUAUGUAUAUAAUUUAAAAGAGUUAUGUUAAAUUUAUACUAAAUUGCUUAUCUAUCGAUGUCUUUAAACUUUUGUUUUCUUAUUGUCGUGUAAGAAAUACACUAAAUGCAAUACAGA